AUGGCGAACCCGGAGGUGGGAUUGAAGGUCAUCUUCUACCUCUAUCCUUGUCUCCUUUUUGUGACUUUAUUGGGUUCGCAAUGCCUCCAAUUCUACCUCUGUCGCGGUCGGGAACCGCGUCGCAUCGCGCUAGAUAACGACCAGAAGCAAAAGGCCGAGAGUAUCCGACGAGUUCACACCAGAGUCAUCUGGCUUCUGCAACUUGUCUUAUCUCUCUUGUUUGUGGCUAGUGUAGCUAUUACUGCACGCGAAGCAGUUAGUGGCCACCAUGACUCGGACGGCACUGUCGACUUCUCCUUCAGCGCGUAUCUGGCAUCUCAUGUCGGUGUAUUGCUUUACUUCUUCGCAGGGCUGCUGCCAGAUCCGGAAGGGCCGUGGUCUCCGGGCAGUGCGCAUUGCUAUGCAUGGCUCGCCGGUGCCCUCCUGGAGACUGUCAUUGCUGGCAUCUUUUACUCCGAGAAGUCGUUGCUGCGACCUCCUUCUACCUUUCUUGACAUUCUUAUCAUUCUAGGAUUAUCUAGAAUCGCCGUCUUCAUACUCAUGAUGGGUAGUCUCGUCCUGAGAGAGUUUAAGCUGAGACCACCUCAACCUAAGUCGGCACCGGAGGAACGCCAGUCUCUUCUUGAGAAUGGCAAUGGCUCAUCUAGCAACUACGGCAGCGUGCCUGCACCCGCAACGCCAGCCAAGAGAACCCAAGUUUCAGGAACCGGCUGGCUCGACUACUUUGCUGGAUUUCGGGUCUUGUUCCCUUACCUAUGGCCCAAAGACUCGCCCAUGUAUCAGGUUAUCGUUGUCGUUUGCCUGGUUCUCUUGGUUUGCCAGCGAACCGUCAACGUCUUGGCUCCUGUGCAGCUUGGUGUGUUGGUCGACAACUUGGGCGAAGGCCGUCUACCGUACAAGGAAAUUGCUCUCUACGUCGUGUACCGCGCCCUCCAGGGCAAUCAGGGAGCUCUCGGUGCCGCAAGAUCUGUCCUUUGGAUCCCCGUCUCACAAUCACUCUUUAGAAGACUCUCCUCGGCGGCAUUCGAACAUGUCUUGGGUCUUUCGCUCGAGUUCCACCUCAACAAGAAGAUCGGUGAAGUCACUAGCGCACUGAGUCGAGGUGCAUCCAUGAACACAUUCCUGGAGAACUUCUGCUUCCAAGUGUUUCCCAUGGUCUUUGACAUCUUCGUCGCCGGUGUCUUCUUCUUCGUCAAGUACGAUCCUUUCUACACCAUUAUCAUCUUUUUCAUCAUGUGGUCCUACAUCUUCCUCACUAUUUACGUUGCCAAAUACCGUGGUAAGCAGCGGAGAGAUAUGACGAUCAAGGCACGCGAGAUGGAAGCCAUCAAGACGGAUGCUCUCCUCGCAUACGAGACAGUGCAGCACAACUGCGCCGUCUCCCGUGAAACCCAGCGAUUCAAGGAUCAUGUGGUUGUCUACCAAUAUGCGGAGCGCCUAGUGCAGUGGUCGCUCAAUGGCCUCAACCUUACCCAGAGCUCAAUCUUUACCCUCGGAACUGCUCUUCUUGUCGCUGUUUCUGCCUACAAGAUCUCCAUCGGCGAGCAAACGGUCGGCGAGUUUGUCAGCUUGAUCAACUACUUUGUCCAGCUUCAGGGUCCUCUCAACUUCUUUGGAACUUACUACACCAUGCUGCAGAACAAUCUCAUCGAGGCCGAACGCUUGCUUGAUAUUUUCAAGGAGACGUCUGGCGUCGCGGAAAAGGAGGAUGCCAUCAAGAUGCCCUCGCCACGAGGAGAGGUAGCCUUCAACAACGUAAAGUUCUCUUACCAGAGCAACAAAGGCGAGCCCGUGAUCAACGACAUCAGCUUCACUGUCGCCCCUGGCACCAAGACGGCCAUCGUGGGAGAGUCCGGUAGUGGCAAGUCGACUUGUCUGAAGCUUCUCUUCCGCUUCUACGAUGUCUCUGAUGGCUCCAUUACCAUCGACGGUCAUGACCUGAGAGACGUUACGCUGGACAGCCUCCGCAAAAAUAUUGGUGUUGUGCCGCAAGACACGGUCUUGUUCAAUGCAACUAUCAUGUACAACUUGCUUUACGCUAGCCCUCAUGCCUCGGAGACUGAUGUCUUUGCGGCUUGUAAGGCUGCUAACAUCCAUGACCGUAUCCUCGGCUUCCCUGAUGGAUAUGAGACCAAGGUUGGAGAGCGAGGCCUGAAGUUGUCUGGAGGUGAACGCCAGCGUAUCGCUAUUGCUCGAGCUAUUCUUAAGGAUGCCCGCAUCUUGCUCCUGGACGAGGCCACUGCGUCCCUCGAUUCCCAUACUGAGAGGCAGAUUCAAGAUGCCCUCGAGCGUGUUACCGCUGGCCGAACCACAAUUACUAUCGCACAUCGUCUUUCCACCAUCACCACUUCUGACCAGAUUGUGGUGCUUCACAAGGGCGUCAUCGUUGAGCGUGGCACUCACAACGAAUUGCUUGCCCUUCAAGGCCGGUACCACGCUAUGUGGGAGAAGCAGACGACCAUUGAGAAGAGAGAAAAGGAGAAGCUGGACCGUGAAAAUGAGUCAGAGACUACAGAGUAA